UUGUCAAUCUGACAGUUCUACACGACAACAAAAACAUGCGUGCGCCUAUAACCUCAACAUAACAUGUAUAUCGAAACCUGAUUUAUCCCGAAAACCGAAAAUGGACGACUUGCAGUUAAAUAUUUCUGUUUCCAAAAAGGGCAACAAGAAAACAGGAGGUGCACAGAAAAAUGCAUCGGAAUAUAAGUUUAUGUCAAAGCCUGCUUUUACGGGAAAAACUAUAGCCAGGAAGAGAGCUAUUCCAGUCAAGAAAACUGAUUCCGAACGUCAAAUUAAGGUGCCUCGGCAAUCAGAACCUGAGGUCCAGAAGUCAAUAGAUUUAUCAAGUAACUUGAGAGAUUUGAGCGAAAACAAAGGAAAGUUUCAAGGGAAAAGCUAUCAAGAUCUUAGUGAUGAUAUACAAUUAAAGCAAAAACCCAGGGCUGGUGGCUGGAUCUCAUCGUUGUUCAAAAAUAACCCAGAUGUUCCAAGGCUUGGCCAGAGAGCUGUGAAGCCAGUAGUGGAAAAAGUUUUUGCUGAAAAGAGCUUCUUAGAUUUAGACAUUCACCCUCACAGUGUAGCCAACUUACAGCAGAAUCUUGGGUUGAAAGAGCUUAUGGUGGUUCAACAGAGUGCAGUGCCUGUGAUACUGCAAGGAAGAGAUGCCCUGAUUAGGUCACAGACCGGUUCAGGCAAAACAUUAGCUUACGCUUUACCCAUUAUAGAAGGGUUACAAGCCAUACGUCCAAAGAUAAACAGGCAUGACGGUAUCCGGGUGGUUGUGGUGGUGCCGACCAGGGAACUGGCUGUGCAGACUCAUGAGCUAUUCCUGGAACUGGUCAAGCCAUUCAUAUGGAUUGUUCCGGGGCUAUUGAGCGGGGGCCAGAAACGCAAAGCUGAGAAGGCAAGAUUGCGGAAGGGUCUCAACAUAUUGAUUGGCACACCGGGACGGAUAAAUGACCAUUUAAGGCAUACACAGUCUCUCAAUUUUGCAAAGACAGGGUGCUUAGUACUAGAUGAGGCAGAUUGCUUACUGGACAUGGGAUACGAAAAAGACGUAGCCGCCAUUGUAAAAGCAAUCGAAGAUCAUAAAAAAGCGGCUACCUAUGACCCUAUGGCCUUGAUCAAAAAUCAAAUUAAAUCGACUUUUCCUGAUAAGGAAGAGGAACCUGAAGAACAGAAGGAAGAUGAAGGCAAGACUGAAAUAAAACAUCAUUUGACUGAAGUGUUCUUGUCUAAAGAGCGGCAAACUACUUUACUAUCUGCUACACUUACGAAGGCCGUUGAAAAUUUAGCCGGCAUCACAAUGGUGGACCCGGUGUUCGUGGACGCCGCGGACGGAACGGCGCUCGUCGCCGAUUCCUUGAAACCUAUAGAUAAGACGAAACAGGGGCUGUCAAGUGCCAAAGAUAUUCAAACAAAAAACGAGAAGUCUAACGUUAAGUCAAACGUCAUAGAAGAAAACACGGACCAGAAUGAUGACGAAGAAGAAGAUGCCCCAGAAGAAAAGCAGGGCCUGAAGUUGUUUAGACAAGACAAAUCGAAGUCGUUGUUUAGUGUUGAAGAAUUAUCUGACUCGGAAGCCGCUCCAGUUCCAUUCCCCGGAGUCGCCAAAAAACAACAAAAAAAGACAAAAGACAAACUAGCUCCAAUACCUGGGGUCGUGGACAUGGAGUCAGAUGACGAAUACGUCAUGCCCACUGAACCCGACAUCGCUCCCUCGUUUGAAGCAGCUGUCAAAACAGCCAUAAAGGAAGAUGAGCUGGUGAUGCCAGUAUCAGUGAAGCAAUCAUUCCUAAUAGUCCCAAUGAAGUUGAGACUGGUUACACUAUGCUCCCUUAUAGUAGAACAUUGCGUAAUGAACAAAAGAGGCGGCAAGCUGAUGGUAUUCAUGGCAACUUUGGAGAUGGUGGACUACCACGCGGAGCUCAUAGAGAUUGUGCUUACUGGGAAACCAGCGAAAUCCAAGCAAAACGAGAAUCCAAAGUCCAAAAAGAGGAAAGCCAACGACGACAAGGAGUCAGACAGCGACUCCGAGUUUGAAGUGGACUACCAAGCGCCGCCGGAGGGCGGUGUUGUCCCCGUGGAGCUGUCCGUGUUCCGGCUGCACGGCUCCAUGCCGCACGAGCGCAGGAUCGAGGUCUUCGACCAGUUCCGCAAGGCCAAGAAGGGCGUGCUCUUUUGUACGGAUGUGGCAGCUCGAGGCCUCGACGUGCCGCGCGUGGAUCUUGUGCUGCAGUACUGCGCACCUGCCUCAGCCACCGACUAUGUACACAGGGUCGGGCGAACGGGGCGAGCCUCCAACGUGGGGGAGGCUGUGAUGUUCUUGCUACCCAGCGAAACUGAAUUCAUGCGACACCUUGAACAGAAACGUAUCAGACUGACUCAACGCAACGAGAAGCUAUGUCUGGAGCCGUUGCUGAGCAUAGUGCCGGGCGCGGCGAACGCGAACCGCGCCGCCAUCGCCGUGCAGGCGCGGCUGGAACAGACCGCACACACGGACAAGUCCUGGCUACUUAGGGCAAGCCGAGCCUACACGACCUGGGUCCGCUUCUACUCCGGCUACCCGCGCGACGUGCGCGAGUACCUGAACGCCAAGCAGCUGCACCUCGGCCACGCGGCCAAGGCGUUCGCGCUCCGCGACACUCCCGCGGCGCUCGCCAAGCGCGCCAAGUACGAUCCGGACCUGAAGAGAGAACGGCUGGUCAACAAGCUCACUGUGCAUGACGAGGAAGAGAGGAAGAGGCCCGGGUUCCCAAAGGUUAAAGCAGGGUUGAGCGGCAGGAUAGUAAACAAGCAGAGCUCCAUGCACACCGCCAGCGAGUUCGACAGCGGUCUGCCGCCCCUCGAGCAGGCGCGCAAGAAACAGAGGAAAAACAAAUGACACCCCUCCACUUCCGACCAACACUCGCCCGUCAACUACCAACUCUCCGUCAAAAUCUUCCGACUGCGCUAACUGGGCCGCUGGCUGUAAGGACUCAUUGAUAUUGCCUGU